AUGAAUUCGCCGCCAAACUCAUUACGCGAAGAACAACUGAGAGACCUCUUGGUGAAGUCCGCUCGCGGCCCGCCUUCAGACCAAGAACCGCCCGAAAAGCGGCUUAAACUCGGCGGCCCCCCUUCUCCGGCAACAUCAGGCCCGGCCGUCAUGUCACCGCCCGGUUCCACCGAUACAGCUAUCACUGUCGGUUCUCAUAAUGGCGAUGAGUACGAUACCGAAAGCUUGACCGACAGUGUGAGAGAGCACAUGUACGAGAACCGACUACGAUAUCACGCCUACCGCGCAGGACGUUAUGCAUUCCCCAACGAUGCUAUUGAGCAAGACCGCGACGAGAUGAAGCACAUCAUCAGCAUAGAGCUGAGUGGGAGGUACUUCUAUUCCCCUGUCGAUGACCUGAUGGCAAGAGGCGCCGAAGUCCUGGAUCUGGGAACUGGACCCGGUCACUGGCCUAUUGAACUCGCCGAUAUGCAUCCCAACUCUACGUUUCUCGGCAUCGAUUUGUCUCCGAUUCAGCCGAGUGAAGUGCCUCCCAACUGUCACUUCAUGGUCGAUGAUAUCGAACACGAAAAUGGAUGGGAUUUAGACGAGGAGUACUUUGAUUUCAUUCAUUUGCGUCAUACCCUGCACUCUAUUCGCGACCGCAACGAUCUCAUGCAACGGGCCUACAGGCACCUCAAGCCCGGCGGUUGGUUCGAAAUACAAGAACUCGAGUUCUUCCCUCUAUGCGACGACCAGUCUUGCCCAGAUGGAGAUGGGUACGGUUUCCGAGUCUUUACGCAGUACCUCGACGCCGGAUUAAGAGUUCUUGGAUCAGAAAUGCAUGGAAUUCGCGCCGCCGCCGAUGAGAUGCGGGCCGCUGGUUUUGAAAACGUGGAAGAGGACAGGAGGAAGUGUCCCAUCGGCGACUGGCCAGCAAGGCCUGAGUUGCGCGAGUGUGGCAUAUUGAUGCGGGAAACGAUCUUGGAAGGCCUAAAGGGUCUGGCAACAAGGCCUUUCAGAGCCCUGGGAUGGACCGAGAUACAGAUCGAGAUGUUCUUGUUGGAUGUCCGGUCGCACGUCAAGGAAAGGGACUUCCACUCCUAUCUCAACCACAGGACAGUCUAUGGAAGAAAACCGCUCGACGCGCCGAAGCCAUGA